ACCCUCUCCGCCUCUAGCCUCUCCUCCCGCAGCGUGGGUGCCAUGGCAACAGAGAGAGCCCUCGACCUGGCUUCCGGAAGCGGGAGAGCUGGAGCUCUGAAGCUACCCUGGUCAAAGGAUGCUGAGUCCGGAACGCCUAGCCCUACCGGACUACGAAUAUCUGGCCCAGCGCCAUGUCCUCACAUACAUGGAGGAUGCAGUAUGCCAGCUGCUAGAGAACAAGGAAGAUAUUAGCCAAUAUGGCAUUGCCAGGUUCUUCACUGAAUAUUUUAACAGUGUAUGUCAGGGAACUCACAUUCUUUUUCGGGAAUUCAGCUUCAUCCAAGCCACCCCUCACAAUAGGGCAUCAUUCUUACGGGCCUUCUGGAGAUGCUUCCGAACUGUAGGCAAAAAUGGCGAUUUGCUGACCAUGAGGGAAUAUCACUGCUUGCUGCAAUUACUGUGCCCGGAUUUCCCGCUGGAGCUCACUCAGAAAGCAGCCAGGAUUGUGCUCAUGGACGACGCCAUGGACUGCUUGAUGUCUUUUUCAGAUUUCCUUUUUGCCUUCCAGAUCCAGUUUUACUACUCAGAAUUCCUGGAGAGCGUGGCUGCCAUCUAUCAGGACCUGCUGUCAGGCAAGAACCCCAAUACGGUGAUUGUGCCGACGUCAUCCAGUGGGCAGCACCGCCAGCGGCCUACCUUGGGCGAGGCCAGCAUGCUGGAGGGCGUGGAGGCGUCACUGUUCUACCAGUGCCUGGAGAACUUGUGUGACCGGCACAAGUACAGCUGCCCACCCCCAGCACUCAUCAAAGAGGUCCUAAGCAACGUUCAGAGACUGACCUUCUAUGGAUUCCUCGUGGCCCUCUCAAAGCAUCAUGGGAUCAACCAAGCCCUAGGAGCUUUGCCUGACAAAGGGGACCUGAUGCACGACCCAGCUCUGGAUGAGGAACUAGAACGGCUGCUGGCGCAGAUCCCAGGCCUGGUCAACUCGGUCACUGCCGGUCCAGAGGCCAGCUGCCUGCCUGCCCGGACCCCUCCCCGGGUUGGCUCCCCCUGGAGACCCCUGCAUCACGCCCGCAAAGUGGAUGCAGAGAGCGACGGCUCCACCGAAGAAACGGAUGAGUCCGAGACUUGAGGAGUCUGAAGGGUCCUGUCUACAACGCCCAGUACCCAGCUCCCCGCCCCCCCCUCCCCUCCAGCCCUUGGGACUCCCGGCCACCUCCUCUCCCACCCCCGUGCCAUGCUGCCCUCUGCUGGUGAAAAGGCCAAAUAACGGCCCCAGCCCAGAGACCUGCCAGAGGGGUUCUAAUGAUCAGCCAAGCUAAGCAGUGACCCUAGCAAGUUAACAGCCUGCUCUCCUGGCUCUGCCAGCCUUUCAUCGGGCCCCCAAGCUGACAGCAGAUUGAGCUGAGGCCACCAGAAAGGUGACUUGGCUUUAGCCUUUUGCUGACGGUCCCCAUCUCCUCACAGCAACUCCAGGAAGAGGGAGACCGGGCAUAACCAUGCAGGACCUUGCAUGGUAAAGGGUGACACCCAGUGAUGCAAGUAUUAGAAGGAUAUAGCCAUGGUGGCCUUCUGCUGGAGGAAUAGCCACUAGCCAUAAGAUGGAGAAGGGUGGGUGAAAAGACUAAUUUCACUUUCAAACACUGCUUCGUCUCCUCUGUGUCUAACAGUUAAAUAUGUGAAAUGAAUAAAGUCCCUUGUGUCUGGUAA